AUGGACUGCAGCACUUACGAGCUGGAUACCCUGGAGGUCCCUCCUCUCACCCCAACUAGCAAGGAGGUUCUCAGCCAGGCAGUGAAGGCCAGCUUUGCUGGAUUUGCCCAGGAGAGAAUCAACCAUCACUUUCCACAGGAUCCUACCUUAUGGUCUCAGUGGGAGGUGAACUACUGGUUGGACUGGUGCCAGGCUGAGUUUGGUCUCCACUGCCUGGCUUCAGACCUGAGAGGCCUGCAGGGCGGUGAUCUGUGUGGCCUGGACAGAGAGGCUUUCCUGGGCCUGAUGUCCGACUGCACUGCAGGAGAGAUCCUGUGGGAGCAUCUGGACCAUAUCAGGAGAGAAAACUACUCAGACUAUGUUCAGGAGCCUUCAGACAAACAUGGUUACCAUGUUCAGUAUGAUCCUACUGGGAGGACAGAUGGUCACCCUCUGGACCCUGUGACUGUCCAACAUCAAGACUACUACCUGAUCAAAUCAGAAGAUCCCAGCAGGAACAUGACCUCAGCUGCUCUGCUGCAGGAAACAGAUACAGACUCAGAGGUGGACAUUUCUCACAGUGACGACUCUGACAUUGUGGAUUCUCUAUCGUGGACUGCUCCACUCCAGGAUGUAGAGCCAGUGACAGAAGAGACCAUGUCUGAAGAUGUCUUCACUUUACCACAGCCACACAGGAGCUUCAAAGAAUAUGUAGGCAACAAAACAGAUCUGGGCAGAGCCGUGAUUCCGGCAGCUAUCCUUGCUGGUUACACUGGAAGUGGUCCCAUUCAGCUGUGGCAGUUUCUACUGGAGCUUCUCACAGACCGCAGCUGUCAGUCAUGUAUAAGCUGGACAGGAGAUGGGUGGGAGUUCAAGCUGACGGACCCCGAUGAGGUGGCCUUGCUGUGGGGCCGGAGGAAGAACAAACCCAAGAUGAACUAUGAGAAGCUGAGUCGUGGACUGCGAUAUUACUACGACAAGAAUAUCAUCCGCAAGACGGCUGGCAAACGCUACGUCUACCGCUUUGUCUGCAACUUGCAAGGCCUGCUGGGAUAUGAGCCUAGUGAGCUGCACGCCAUCAGUAACAAGAGUCACUGA